AUGCCUUUCGGAAUCAAUCCCUUCUCGAAGCAAGACCACGACUUUCCCGGCGUGAUCGUGCCCCUAUCCAAUGCCCCCGCGCAUUCGCAUCCGAACCCGCAAGCCAGCCCCGAUCCGGAGAAAAAAGUAGGCCCUGAUGACAAGACUGAUACUGGGAGCCUCGACAGGGCUCCCUCUGCAGAAAACGGCGUGGGCUCCAUCCACAGUCACCAACCAAGCCACGAUGGGCCUCUUACUCUGGAGAUCCUGCGUGCUGAGGUUGAGAAUGACGUGGUUGCCUCAGGCCAUGACUCCGCCUAUGAUCGCAAAGCAAAAGUGAUUAAUAGGGCCAUCCAAGACAUUGGAAUGGGCCGUUACCAGUGGCGGCUGUUUGCGCUCUGUGGGUUUGGUUGGCUCGCGGACAAUCUGUGGCUCCAGGUACGGCGAUGGCAUUUUCACUUCCUAACCUUGCCCAUAUUUUGCAAUAUUCAUGCUAAUUCCGUAGGGUGUUGCGCUCACGUUGCCCCAACUGACGCUGGAGUUCGGCGUCGAUGA